AAUCAGGAACGUACAAUUUAAAUUUUUUACCCCAAAUCAAUUUUCAAUCUGAAAUUUCUAGGGUUUAUUUCAUGUGGUGGAGACCCUCCUUGUAUAGUUGCAUUCAUCCUUCAAUGCCGGUGUAAAGCUUGAAAUCGGAAGCUCACAUUCACUUUCUCUCUCUUCACCUACAUAUAUGACUAUAAUAUUGUGUACACAUUCGCCGGUAAUUCCGGCGGCAGGUCGACAUAGUGACGAUGGCGGACGGUGGUUCGAGUUCAAGUGAGUACUGAGUAGCAUUCACGAGCGACGUUUCUCGUGAUUGGGGCGAUUCUCACGCUCAUAUACCACCUUAUUCUCUAAAUCAAAUCAAAGUUCUGCACAAUCGGUGAUAGGAGAAAAAAAUAUAUAAGUGGGAGUGUGCAACAUGAAAUGAUGGAAGAUUGCACAAUAACUGGCUGAAUUUCCGGAUUUUUGUUGAAUUUUCUGCAUCUAAUCAAGGAGAAUGUCUAGGCCACUCCAUAGAGGUAUUUCUGGUGGGGGAAAAUUACCAGAGAACAUUCAGGACUUCUUAGAAGAUUCUCAAAUGAAAGUCAAAACAGAGAAUGAAGAUUUACAUAAGAAUCAUUUAUCCCCUUCAAGGAAUCCAUUUCAGUUCUUUUAUUCGAUUAAUUCAUCAUCCAAACAAUCUAUUUCCACAAAUGGCUAUAUUGUUCCUGAUCCAUACAGCCCUGUAACUUCAAGAAACCGCUACAAACUAACUUUGUUUUUGCUUAAGUUGAGUUUAUUUUUUAUCAUAAUUCUUGCCCUUACUGGAUCCUUUUGGUGGACAAUAUCUCUCACAAAUUCCUCUAGAGGUCACACUUUCCAUAGAUAUAGAAGGCUUCAAGAACAGCUUGUAUCAGACUUAUGGGACAUUGGAGAGCUUUCACUUGGUACUUCUGGGGUUAAAGAAUCUGAAUUCUGUCCUCUAGAAUCAGAAAACUACAUACCCUGUUUCAAUACCACAGAAAACCUUGACUUGGGUUUGACCAUGGGUCAUGAAAAUGAUCGCCAUUGUGGACCCACAUCAAAACAGAAUUGUUUAGUUCUUGCCCCUCCUGCUUACAAGAUUCCUCACAGAUGGCCUACUGGAAGAGAUGUUAUUUGGAUUGAUAAUGUUAAAAUAAAUGCACAACAAGUACUUUCAUCUGGAAGUUUGACCAAAAGGAUGAUGUUGUUAGAUGAAGAUCAAAUCUCAUUUAGUUUUGCAUCUUCCAUGGUUGAUGAUAGUAUCGAAGAUUACUCUCAUCAAAUUGCAGAAAUGAUUGGUUUAAGAAAUGAAUCUUACCUUGUUCAUGCUGGUGUGAGGACAAUAUUGGAUAUAGGGAGUCAAGUGGAAAUAACUCUUGAAAGAGGUCUUCCUGCUUUGGUUGCUUCCUUUACUUCAAAGAAAUUACCAUUUCCGUCCCUGUCAUACGACAUGGUACACAGUGCUUGGGAUGGGGUUGACUGGAAUCAUAAAGAUGGUUUACAUUUGAUUGAAGUGGAUCGAGUUCUUAGGCCUGGAGGAUACUUUGUUUGGACUUCACCAAUUGCCAACACCCCAAUUUCCACCCGAAAUAAAGAUAAUUUAAAAAAAUGGGAUUUUGUGCGUAAUUUUGCUAAAGAUCUUUGUUGGGAUUUGUUAUCACAACAAGACAAAACGGUUGUAUGGAAGAAACCGAGUAAUAAAGAUUGUUAUGCUUCUAGGAACCAUGGAUCGGGCCCAUUGAUCUGCAAAGUGGGCCAUGAUGUUGAAUCUCCAUAUUAUCAUCAACUCGAGGCAUGCAUUGGAGGAACUCAUAGCCACCGUUGGAUCCCAAUUGAGAAAAGACCAAAUUGGCCUUCUAGAGCAAGAUUAAACACCAAGGAACUCGCUAUCCAUGGUGUACUUUCGGAUGAUGUUUAUGAAGACGAUGUGAAUUGGAAUUUAGCAAUAAGAAACUAUUGGUCUCUGCUAUCUCCACUUAUAUUUUCAGACCAUCCAAAAAGACCCGGGAUUGAAGACCCGUCCCCACCUUACAACAUGGUGAGAAACGUACUUGACAUGAACGCGCAUUUUGGUGGUUUUAAUUCCGCACUACUCGACGCACGCAAAUCCGUAUGGGUCAUGAAUGUGGUCCCCACCACUGCCCCCAACCAUCUCCCCCUUAUCCUCGACCGCGGCUUCCUUGGCGUGUUACAUGACUGGUGUGAAGCAUUUCCAACGUAUCCAAGAACUUAUGAUUUGGUUCAUGCGGAAGGUCUUUUAUCGCUUGAAAGUGAAAAGCAUCAUCGUUGCAGUAUGAUGGAUAUAUUCUUUGAGAUAGACCGGAUACUCCGACCGGAGGGUUGGGUGAUACUGCGGGACACAACUUCUUUAAUCGAAACCGCAAGAAUGGUUACCGCAAGGCUAAAAUGGGAAGCAAGAGUUGUGGAAAUUGAAAGCAAUAGUGAUGAAAAAUUGCUUGUUUGCCAAAAACCGUUUAUAAAGAGACGAUCAAAUCCUUCGUGAAGUGUUUGGAUUCUUGAUUUUUGGAUAUUUUAUGGGACAAAAGUUGAAGUUUUUAAAGAAUGAGAAAGUAAAAGAGAAAGAGGGUUCGGCUGAAAGCCCUAAACCCUAAACCCUAAACGAAUACCUGUGGGAGCUGUAAGGCGAGCAUGGGAGAAAUGUAAUUAGAAGAUUAUAGGUGGGGAGUUUUACACUUUUUUUUUGUUUGGUUGUGUUUUUAUAAACUAUAGAAAUCACAUUAUGAAUUUGGGUUAUAUAUAUAGAAAUAAGCACAAGUUGGC